AUGUCCAGCGCUCUGGCGAAAGCCUCGUUCUUGAAGCCUGAGAUCCGCCUCGCUCAAGCUGUCUCCGAGUUCGAAGCCGACCUCUCGCAUGAGCAAAAGUCAACAUUCCGAACGCUGAGGUCGCAGUCGCUCUCAACGACGCCUAGCCCACGCGAUGUCAUGCAGCUGACGGCUGAGGUUGAUCGUCGCACGUCAAAGAAGUUUAGCAGUGCAUGUUUCGGGCCUCGCUUUACCAACUUCCUUCACGGAGUUCAGCAGUUCGCUGCUCUUGGAGAUGUUGUGAUCGGAGGAUCACAGAACUUGCUAGCGUGUGGCGUGUGGUCGUUGGUGCGCAUGUCGUUAUUAUCGAUCGUGAACCUUUCGACCUACAUUGACAAGCUAUCCUCGCUAUUCAUGGACGUCGGCCGCUCUGCCCCGCACUACCAAGCGAUUGCCCUACUAUACCCUCGGUCUACGAAGCUACAAUCACACCUCUCUGAGUACUUUAUCGUGGUAGUUGGCUUGUGUCGUUACCUGUUCAAGUUCGGACAGAAAUCGACUGUCCAGCAGUUUGCGUCCUCGCUGAGCGAUGCGCACUUGAGGACCUUCCAGGCAUAUCUUGACAAGUGGGCAACUUCCAUCAAGGAGCAGAUGGACGUGAGUGAAGCGCAAGAGAGCUCUGGUGUCAGGGCUUUGACCAGGGAAAUGUUCAAGUAUGCCUCACAUGAGCAGAGGCUUGCAGCCAACAUGCGAGUGCUCGACUUUUGCUCUACGUACGAUCAUGAGGUAGCGUGGAAGCAAAUCAGAAAGGCCGGUAACACAUCCUUCUAUAGGCAACAAGCAGAGUACCAAGAGUGGAGGGACGGCUCGCACCCUGGCACACUGUUGUAUACAGGCAAAUUGGGUUCGGGAAAGUCAGUGUUGCUGGCCAAUAUCGUCGACGACCUCAGCCUCUCCACCGAGAAAGAUCCACCCUUGGUGGCAUACUUCUUUUGCAAACAUGACAUUCCAGAAAGUCUGGAGGUACGGACGAUCAUCGGUUCACUGGCACAACAGCUUUUACGUACUGUCGCAGAUCUUGGCGUAUCUGCUAAGAAUUGCGAAAAUACUCGCACCACAGGCGACACCGAGACAGUGCUCGAAACGCUCUUUCAGGGCUUUUCCUCCGAUGUCAAAGUAUACUUCGUGCUUGACGGCCUAGACGAAUGCGACAAUGAGGAGAAAGAGGCGUUAGUGCAGGCAAUCUGGAAGAUCCAGGUGAAACUAAAGGUCAUGGUCUGUGCUUCUUUCCGAGAAGAGCCAAACAAUGGCCUGCAGUCGAUUACUUAUCAACUCUUGGCCACUCGCGCUGUCACAAUUCCAGACGACAACCCAGACAUUGACGCUUUUAUCGAAGCAGACCUUGAGCGUUGUCUUCGCCAAGAACGUCUGACAAUCGGAGAUCCAGCCCUGAUCUUGGACAUUCAAGAUGCUUUGUCGAAAGGUUCUCAGGGAAUGUUUUUCUGGGUAGCUCUUCAAAUCCAGUCUUUGUGCAGUAUGAAGACUGAUCACGCUAUCCGAGAAGCAUUGGCAGACCUACCCAAGGAUCUCUCGGAGACGUUCGACAGGAUCCUACAGAAGUCGGGAAGCUCAGAUCCAGCACUCCAAAAGAAGACGCUGCAGCUUGUGCUUGCAGCUUACCAGCCUUUGACGACAGACGAGUUGCGUGAAGCUCUGAGCGUUACUCCUGGAGAUGCGACUUGGGAUCCUUCCAGAAUCCUGAAUGAUGUUUACUCAGCACUAGCUUGCUGUGGAUGUCUUCUUGCUGUUGAUGAGGAAGAGCUCACCGUCCGAAUGGUACAUCACAGUGUUAGGCAGUACGUCCUCGAUGGGCUUGAUGGCGUAAAGCAUAUAGGCUUUUCGUUUGACGAGGCACAAAGGAUGUUGGCAGACACUGUUGUCACGUACCUCGGCUAUGGUGUCUUCGGGACUGAGUUAUCGAGAGUCAAGGUCCAUCCAAUGAUGGCACAAUCUGCACCAUCUAAGAUCGUGCAAGCCACUAUGGGUUCGUCAAGCGCUGCUCGUCAUCUUGCUAUAAAGUUUCUCGGAUCUAGACGGCAACAUGCAUUUGAUAUGAGCAAAGCUCUCGCGGAAGCGCACAGCUCCCUCAACCCCAAGCCAGAGCACGCAUUCAGAUUCUACACUUAUGCAAAGACCUUUUGGCAGGACCUUGUAUUUUAUGUAUCUGGACAUAAAGCCGCCAUUUUCAAGCUCUCUUCUAAGUUGAUCUUUGGUCGUGCGUCUGAACUCAACAAGGUGGAUAAGGGCUGCCGAGAAUGGGAACAGGGAUGUUCUUGUGCUGUUACUCCAGGCUUGGAAGAUCGAUUUGAAUGCGAGGGACAGUAG